AUGACCAAAAAACCACUUGUGCUCCAUACCGAACCUACCACUUUUGGUCAACAGCUAUGGGAUGAUCUCGAGGAAAUCGCCGAGGUGGUUCAUAUGCCCGAAACCACCGACCGUGAACAAUUCAUCAAGGACCUUAAGGGCAAGUACUCCGAAUGUGUGGCAAUUGGCCGAGGAUAUAUUACAAAUCAUCGGGUUGGAUUAUUUGAUGAGGAGCUCAUUUCUCAUUUACCACCUUCUGUCGCCUACAUUAGUCACCAAGGGGCCGGGUACGAUGCCAAUGAUGUUGCUGCUUUGUCCAAACGUGGGAUCCAAUUGGCCAAUUGCCCAGGAGUAGUGAGUGCCGCCACCGCCGACACUAACGUGUUUUUGAUGUUGGGGGCCAUGAGAAACUUUGAUUCCAGCCGUCGUAACCUUGAGGCAGGAAUGUGGCCGACCACCGGGUCGGGGGCAGGAUCGAAAAUCGGGAUCUCUCCCCAAGGUAAAGUGCUUGGGAUCUUAGGAAUGGGGGCCAUUGGUAGAGAGGUCCGUGAUCGGGUGUUGCCAUUCGGGUUUGGGAAGAUCAUUUACUAUAAUCGAUCAAGAUUAUCUCCAGAAUUAGAGAAAGGUUGCGAAUAUAUUGAUAACUUGGACGAUUUUGUCGCCCAAGCCGAUGUCAUAUCGAUCAAUUGUCCAUUGAACAAAUCGACAUUCCAUUUGGUUGACGACGCAUUGUUCUCGAAGAUGAAAGAAGGAGUGGUUAUUGUGAACACUGGUCGUGGGGCCAUCAUUGACGAAUCAGCAAUGAUCAAGCAUUUGCGUUCCGGGAAAAUCAGAGCAGCAGGACUUGACGUCUUUGAAAAUGAACCAUAUGUCAACACCGAGCUUCUACAAUUUGAAAACGUUUUGGCAACGCCUCAUGUAGGGACCAGCACUGAACAAACUUUCUAUGACAUGGAAAAACUAGUGGUGGAUAAUAUCAGAGCUGGUUUGACUACUGGAAAAGUUUUAACUUUGGUUCCUGACCAAAAGUUUGAAGAUUUUGGUUUGUGA